AUGUUGGCUGCUCGUUCCUUCGCCGCCCCAGCGCGCCAAUGCCUGCGCCAGGCCAACCGCUCCCGAUGGGCGCCCGCGCUCUCCCAGGUCUCCGCCCGAACAUACGCCUCCGAGGUGGCCAAGUUCCACGGAACCAAGGGCAGCGACGGCAAAUACUCAGUCACUCUCAUCGAGGGUGAUGGCAUCGGUCCCGAGAUUGCGCAGUCGGUCAAGGACAUCUACUCGGCCGCCAACGUCCCAAUCAAGUGGGAGUCGGUCGACGUCACCCCGCGCCUGAACGAGGACGGCAAGACGGUCAUCCCCGACGAGUCCAUCGCCAGCGUCAAGAAGAACUUGGUCGCCCUCAAGGGCCCGCUUGCGACGCCUAUUGGCAAGGGCCACGUCUCCCUCAACCUUACCCUGCGCCGCACCUUCAACCUCUUCGCCAACGUCCGUCCCUGCAGAUCCAUCGCCGGCUACAAGACGCCCUACGACAACGUCGACACCGUCCUGAUCCGCGAGAACACCGAGGGAGAGUACUCUGGCAUUGAGCACAUUGUCGUCGAUGGCGUCGUACAGAGCAUCAAGCUCAUCACCCGCGAGGCCUCUGAGCGCGUUCUGCGAUACGCCUUCCAGCACGCCCGCGACAUUGGCAGGAAGAAGGUCCGCGCUGUCCACAAGGCCACCAUCAUGAAGAUGUCCGACGGUCUCUUCCUCAGCACCGCCCGCGAGAUUUCCAAGGAGUUCCCCGACAUUGAGUUCGACGCCGAGCUGCUCGACAACACCUGCUUGAAGAUGGUUACCGACCCUGUCCCCUACAACGACAAGGUCCUCGUCAUGCCCAACUUGUACGGAGACAUUCUCUCCGACAUGUGCGCUGGUCUCAUUGGUGGUCUCGGUCUUACUCCCUCUGGUAACAUCGGCGAUAACUGCUCCAUCUUCGAGGCUGUCCACGGUUCCGCGCCCGACAUUGCUGGCAAGCAGCUCGCUAACCCCACCGCGCUUCUUCUCAGCUCCAUCAUGAUGCUGCGACACAUGGGUCUCACCCAGGAGGCCAGCAACAUCGAGCAGGCCAUCUUCAAAGUUCUCGCCGAGGGCAAGACCAUCACCGGUGACCUUGGUGGCAAGGCCAAGACCUUUGAGUACGCCGACGCUGUCAUCAAGGCCCUGAAUAUUGCCGAGCAACUUCGCUUCGCCUUCGACGACCCCGUCGCAACGCCAAUCUUUCCAAUGCCACCCAAACCUCCCAUCCGUUUCCCUACAAAACCUCCUGCUACGCCGAAACAGUAUGUGAGGCCUUCCCUACCGAUCAGACUGGCAAAUCCAGGUCCGCGAGCCCCGCUGCGAUCCCUAUCCACCUCGGCAUCACCUUCAAGCCCCGUCCGUCGUCGUCUUCCUCCUCCUCCACCACUCCAAUGGCAUGAAACCAGCCGCGCCCGCACAGGCCGACGCUACAUAAAAUGGGGCAUAAACGGUGUCGCGACCAUCUGCGCCAUGCUCUUCAUCCGCGACAAUUGGUUCGAGAUACAGCACGUCCGCGGUUCCUCCAUGGCACCUACACUCAGCCCGGAUGCGCACGAGACUGGUCGAGAAGACUACGUCAUUGUGAUACCGUACCAUGCUAGGAUUGAUUAUAGUACAGUUCUUGAAGCAAGCAAAAAAGAGUUUUGGAGCGUAAAACGUGGUGACGUCGUAACGUUUUGGAAACCGCAUAAACCAGGCGAGAUGGGUAUCAAACGCAUUGUCGCUAUCGAAGGAGAUACAGUUUAUCCUGCAAGGGGAUAUGCGCUUGAUCCGCAAGUCUAUGAGACGAGGUUAAAGGGUUUACCGGAUGGGCUGGUAGAUCAUGAUGAGGACAGUAUAGCGGCGAGGGAUGGUCCAGAAGUGGGCAAGGUGGUUGUGCCAUAUGGACAUGUAUGGCUCGAAGGGGAUAAUUGGAGGAAGAGCUUGGAUAGCAACGACUUUGGGCCUGUUAGCAAGGGCUUGAUUCAAGGUAAGGCUGUAAUGGUUUGGAGGGACUGGUGGAGAUUGAGAGAGGUGGGCGAUGAGCGGAAUAAGGGGGAGAAGCGGAUGAGAAGUAGGGUCGUGGAGGGACGGCCUGAUGCUCCUGAGCUGUUCUUGGAGUGA